CAUAAUUUCACCAGAGUAAAAGUAUACCCUUAUUUAAAUAAACUGUUCUCUGCAACAAGGAAUACAUCAUCUCGAACUCCUCCAGAGCCUUUGGCAACAAAUUACAUUUCAUCAAGUACAUGCAACCAAUGAGAUAGCUCCUAUAUUGUCACUGUGAAUUUUAAGGACAUCAUCAUCUGACACUUGCUACAGUUUGGGGCAUUCAUUGGCUGGAAACUAUCAAACAGCUUCAGUCUACCACAACAGAACUUAAAUAUGGGAAUUCUAAAGCAACUACUAACUAUUCUUCUCCUCUUUGGAGUCACAGUGUUCUGUCAAUAUGAAGGCGAUUAUUUUGAGAAUGAAUAUGAAAAUGAAAUAGAUAAUGAAUAUCCAUCUAUUUUUCAUCAUAUUCCAAGCGUAGAAUAUGCCAUUUCUCACUCUGUCACACCUGCUGAGUGUGCCAGAGAAUGCUUUUGUCCACUUACUUCCCCAAUAACAAUGUACUGUGAUCAUCGUAAACUUCAGAGGAUACCAAGCAUUCCCUCUCACAUCCAACAACUUCAUCUGGAGUAUAAUGAUAUCGAAGCUGUUCCUAUGGAAUCAUUUGUUAAUGCCACUGCUUUGAAAGAAAUUAAUCUCAGCCACAACAAAAUCAAGUCUCAUAUGAUCGAUAAUGGUGUCUUUGCCAAACUUUCAAACUUGGUGCAACUCCACUUAGAAAACAAUCUGUUAGAAGAAAUUCCAUACCCACUACCUAGAAGCUUAGAACGACUGAUCCUAGGUUUCAAUCAAAUUACCAGUUUGCCCAACAGAGCCACAGAAGAUUUAGUAAAUGUGACCAUGCUUGACCUCUGCAACAAUUGUCUUGAAGAUUCUCAACUCAAAGAAGCACACUUUUCCAAUAUGAGAAACCUAAUGCAAAUCAACCUCUGCAACAACCGACUACAAUCUAUGCCUCCAGACCUACCAAUUUCACUUAUGUAUCUUUCUCUUGAAAAUAAUUCAAUAUCUUCUAUUCCAGAUAAUUAUUUCCAGAAACUUCCAAAACUUAUUGCUGUAAGAAUGUCAUACAACAAUCUACAAGAUGUUCCAUAUAAUGCUUUUAACCUUCAAAAUCUUGUGGAACUCAAUCUUGGACACAACAAACUGAAGCAAAUAUUCUAUGUUCCAAGAAGCCUCCAGCACUUAUACAUAGAAGAUAAUGACAUAGAAGUUAUUAAUGUUACUCAAAUGUGUCCUUCCAUUGAUCCACUAAACCUCAGCCACUUAACCUAUAUACGAGUGGACCAAAAUAAGCUAACAGCCCCAAUAAGCACAUAUGCCUUCUUCUGCUUUCCACAUAUACGCAGUAUUUAUUAUGGGGAACAAAAAAUUAGUGCCAACCAACAAACACAGCUGAGAACUCCAGUAUUCCGAAGAUAUCUAACAGCGGAAGAGUAUGAAGAAGCAGAAGAUGACCAUGAAGAACAUGUUCCAGAUCAUGAUCAGGAUCAUGAUCACAUAGAAAGGGAAGAAGAUGACUAUCCUGAUGCUUACUUAUAUUAACUGAUUAUAAGUUUUGGCAAUAGUAUACUAUAUAUAUUUGUGUGGAUAGAGUGCCCAUUUUAAGAGCAAAUGGAAUCAUCUGGAAAAUGCAAAAUGGUUGUAAACCAACUGAAGUAGAACAUCAUCUCUGGAGCAUGAAACAGCUACAGAUUCACACAGAAAUUGUACUUUCCAAACCUUCAAAGCAUUAGUUUAAACAUUAUGAAGAGAUUCUAACUAUCGAACUUGCCCAACUGGAAAUACGAAUAUUUCACUGCUAGUAUACAGCUGGCAUUUCACUGCUAGUAUACAGCUAAUCACUUUCAUAUUUAAAUAUAUUUAUGACAAUAAAUUAUAAUCAAAUACUUUGAAGUCCUUCUACCAGAAUUUACAAUUUGCCACUUCAUAAAAAUUACGUUAAUCACACAUCUGCCCAUCACCUCUGAAGAGUAACCUGAGAGAGAACAGUUGGAAAAGAUGUUUAGUAGGAAUUGGUUUGACUAAACAAAUUUCUUAAGACUCACUUUGAAGAUCUGCUUUCAGUAUCAACUUACCACAGAAUGUCAAAUGCAUUUAAUAGACAAUCUAUUUUUAUAAAAAAUAAACAAUAUCUGGGAUGUAAUAUGCACUAGUAUCCCCAAGUCUAUCAGCAUUCCAACAAGCUGGAUGAUUCUAAUCGCAAUCCAUGAAAACAAGCCAACAGAACAGACUUGUAUCCAAUCCAAUGACUAAUACAAGACCAUCAAAGGAGUAGAUUCUUUAUUAUUUUACGAUAGAUGCCUCAUAAUUUUGCCUUUAACUCAAUGUUUCUACUUUAUGCAUCAUUUUAUAACAGCUAACUCUGCAAUGCUAAUGCUCAUCAGUAAAGGCAUAGCUUAGUUAAUAGACUAGAUAAUAUAUAAUAUUUGAGCAUGUAUUGUUUAGAAAGAUAGCUCUAAGCAUUUACAAAAAAUGUACAAUGUAAUUAAAAAUGCAGCAGUUUUCUUCUAGAAGAUUGCCUUGCCUCUGCACUAAAU